GUUCAACUGGUCCGCAUGGUCCAAAGGAAGCUGCACUGAGUUCGGCUUCUGCUCGGAGGAGCAGGAACGAGCAGCGUACGCUGCCUUCCUCUCGCGGCUGCGACAAGAGGACGUUUUCGAUGCAGCGCUGCCAGAUGCAUCUGGUCGGCUGCGCAUCAACAUACCCUUCGCUGGGCGCUUCGCUGAGCGAGAGCAGUGGGUGCGCUUCCUCCGCGAGGAGGUGCUGAACAAACGCGAUGACAUCCACGAGAUUUACUUAUUCGUGACAGAUGUGAACGAUUUCUACAACAGUUACCACGGGCCACCGCAAAGUGGCGACCCGCAGAUCUUCAUCCAUUAUGCGGUCCAAGACGGCCGUGUGCCGCUGCCUUCGGCGGAUGUGGUCAUGGCAAUGCAUCCGGACUGCAGCUCCUCUUACCUGACCAGCUUCGGGGGUGCCUACCAGGGACACUACUACAUGUGGCAGCACAUCCUGCAGAAUGCCAUGAACAGCGCGCCUUUGGUCAUCGCUGCAAACCUCUGGUUGGAGGAGUCUCUGGAAGUGCAGCAAGUGGCGCGGGCACAAGGCAUGGUCGUGUCCGCUGCACUGAAGAAUCGCACCUGCCAUGGCUGGACUGUGACGGCGCCGCUGACCUCCAAUGUGAGGGACCGGCAGCCCUUCCACUACCUGGUCAUUGCGCAGAAAGUGCCGGCAAAGGUCGUUCUGUCCAUCACGCCUGGCCAAGAAGAUUACGCGGGCGGGUAUCAGAACCAGUGGACCAUGGCAAGUCAGCAAUACUGGCAGCAACCUCCUCAAUGGCAGUACCCUCCACCUGCGUGGGCGCCUCCGUCCUACCCUGCGCCCUAUGGCGCCUUCCCAGCCCCUCAUGCCUACCAAACACCGUACUAUAAGCCUCCGGAAGCCCGCGUUCAUCAACCCGUGUGGUACUAG